AUGUCCGUGGUUCUCACGUUCACCAUUCCCCGCCGCGAAAUCGUAUCACGCUAUAACCCGAUGCGCAAUGCCUCCAGUCUGACAACGCCUAUGCAAGUCGGAAAUGGUUGCUUUGCAUUCGGCGCAGAUGUAACGGGGCUGCAAACAUUUCUGCCUUGGGCAAUUAUGUCUGACUGGGGAUGGAAGAAUGACAGCCUUCCCAGAGGAGUCACCCCAGCGGAUAUCGCGGCGUAUCGCGGCAUGGUUUGGGACGGCGUGCAGUACGAGUUCGGGGGGGUCGCCGCUCCGCAACAGUGGCUGAUCGCGAACCCAAACAGAGUGAAUCUCGGACGGAUUGGGUUGCAGUUCAGGUCCGAGGACGGGCAAAUGCUGAAUAUUACGGAGGAUGAUUUGGGCAACAUUUCUCAGGAGCUCGAUCUAUGGACUGGCGCUAUCACAAGUCAAUUCUCGUUGCAGGGCAAGGACGUGAAGGUGAAAACAUACUCCGCACAGAGCAGCAGUACAGUGGGCAUUGAGAUCCGGUCGCAACUGUUACUGCAAGGCCGCUUGACUCUUUUCGUAGACUUUCCCUGGAAUGAUGGUUCCCAGAAAUUUCAAGCACCAUUCGUCGGGUACUUCAACGAAACCAGCAACCACACGACUUUAUUACGGACCGGAUCUGGACUGGGACAAAACGUGGAUGCACAGAUCAAUCACACCCUGGUUAAUGCAACAUUCUUCACCUCUAUGGGAGGCGGCGACAAGUUCAACAUAUCGCGGGAUUCCUCUGUUACAUACGAGUACAGCGUGAUCCCCAUAGACAUAUCAUCGACAUUCUCGAUAGUCAUUUCCUAUUCUCUCAGCCAGUUCACAUCCGUCUCUACUGUUACAGAAGUUGUGGGUGAAUCAAUAAACACCUGGGAGGAGUAUUGGUCUAGCAAUGGAUUCGUGGAUGUGUACACUGGGUCAUCGGAUCCCCGCGCCGACGAGUUGCAGAGGAGAAUUGUCUUGUCGCGAUAUUUGAUGCGCGUCAACGAAGCCAGCAUCAAUCCACCUCAGGAGUCGGGUCUUGUAGAUGAUGGAUGGUACGGGAAAUUUCACAUGGAGAUGUAUUUCUGGCACAGCUGCCACUGGGCGCUCUGGAACAACUGGGACCUUCUGAAUAGGUCCCUGAGCGUGUACUCCCGCUUUCUUAACACGUCGAUAGAACGUGCACAGGUUCAAGAAGGCUACAGUCGCGGGGCUCGAUGGUCGAAAAUGACCGAUCCUUCAGGCAGGUCAGCGCCGGGAGAGAUCAACGAGUUGUUGAUCUGGCAGCAGCCGCAUCCAUUGAUUUUUGCUGAGUAUGAAUACCGAGCGACAAAAUCUCAAGAGACGCUCGAGAAGUGGCGCGACGUUGUGUACCAGACGGCAGAUUGGAUGGCGGUCUAUGCGCGAUACAAUGGUAGCACUGGUUUUUAUGAUCUGGGCCCGCCAAUGUACAUCGUCAGCGAAGACACAGCUCCGAACGUAACACGGAACCCCGCUUUUGAACUGGCCUACUGGCGGCUGGGAUUGCAGAAGGCGCAAACGUGGAUGGAGCGGCUAGGAGAGCAGGCACCGGCUGCAUGGUCGGACGUGAAGGAUCAUCUGGCCCCUCUGCCAAUCGAAAACGGGCUGUACGCAGUGUAUGAAGGGAUCGAGAGCGAGUUCUGGACGACGACGAACUACACGAAUAGCCAUCCUGCUCUGGUCGGAUUGUAUGGAUGGCUGCCAGGAACCGGGCUGAACGUGAGCGUCGAUAUCGCGAAAGCGACUGCGGAGAAGGUUUGGUCGACCUGGAACAUUAGUAAUCUUUGGGGAUGGGACUUCCCAAUGCUCGCUAUGUCUGCAGCACGCAAUGGCGACCCCGAGAAGGCCAUCGAGUGGCUGCUAGAUCCGUAUUAUCAGUUCGACGAUGUCGGAAUGCCUGCAGGGGGAGCCCAAGUACCGACUCCUUAUUUCCCGGGUUCGGGCGGACUUCUUUAUGCCAUAGCGAUGAUGGCAAGGGGAUGGGACGGCAGCACAACGAAGGCUCCCGGAUUUCCAGCGAACGGGUGGAAUGUGACCGUUGAGAAUAUCGAUAUAGCAAUGUAA